CAUUUCUUCUUUCUUUUUCCCGUGAAUCCCUCUCUUUCUCUCCCGCCUCUCAAAUCCCAUUCGCCAAACCCUAACCCUAAUAAUCCCCCUCUCUUCUCUUGCUUCGAUUCCCAAAUCGAUCUUGUGCCUCUAGGCUUGUAUUCUGAGUUCGAUUUCGCCGGUUCCAGCUCUGAAUCCCGGCGGAAUCUCAGAUUUCGGUGUCUCAGAUCAAUUUUUAGUCGAAGCGGGCGCUUUUCUUGCUGUUCUCGCGUUUGGAUCCGUUUCCUCCGAUCAAGAAGAGGAUUGAAACCUAGCUUAAAUGGAGGGAGCUUUGGGAGAGAAUGCUCCGGAUUCGAUUCCGUUUGUGAAAUGGAGGAACGACUUCUCUAGGGCGUUCCAGCACCACCUGGAUAGAUCCACCCCGCAUCCUGUUGGGAGGUGGCUUGGAACCCUUGCUGUGGCGUCCAUCUAUGUCCUGCGAGCCUAUUUUGUUCAGGGGUUCUAUAUUGUGUCCUAUGGUCUUGGGAUUUAUGUGCUAAAUCUGCUGAUUGGGUUCCUUUCCCCGAUGGUGGACCCUGAGCUGGAGGUCUUGGAUGGGGCGUCUCUGCCUACCAGGGGUUCAGAUGAGUUCAAGCCAUUCAUUCGCCGUCUUCCUGAGUUCAAGUUCUGGUAUGCCAUAACGAAAGCAUUCUGCGUAGCUUUUGUUAUGACCUUCUUCUCCAUAUUUGAUGUUCCUGUCUUCUGGCCAAUACUGCUAUUCUAUUGGAUUGUGCUUUUUGUCUUGACUAUGAAGCGCCAAAUUCUUCACAUGGUCAAAUACAAAUAUGUCCCAUUUGACAUUGGGAAGCAGAAAUAUGGCCGAAAGAAGACUGCCGCACGAAGCUCCGGAUACAGUGAUUGAUGAACACCCUUUGUGCGAAGAAAGGAUUAAGGGCCAACUUAAGCAGAAGAGGUUGAUACUCAUGCAUGCAAUAGCUAAAUGAAUCCCAAGGGCUAGUGUUGUUUUCGGUUGCCACUUUUGCCUCUCCAUGGAGGCAUUUUAUUAGACAUGGGAAACCAUUAUUCUAUUCUUGUUAGGUGCUUGUAUAUGUUUCAUUGGAUUUCCAAAAUGACAUGAAAUUAUGUGCUC